AUGGCCAAGAACAUGAGCUUUCGUUGUCGACCACACGUCGAAGCAGCAGCUGUACCACCCAACGCGAGAACUACGCGAAUGGCACGGCGAUCCUCGUCGGUGACUACCGAGAUAAACGGUCUGUCUGCAUCUGCUACUGGCAGCAUUGCAGACAUAAACCUCAGGGUCAUCGAUGGCGAAGGUGAAUCUCGCUUCAAAGAAUACCUGGUGGCAUUGAUUCUGCUUGCCUGUUUUGCAGCGCUCCUGCUUGUUGUUUUGUACGUUUUGGCACCGACCCACGGAAACAUCAAAGCCGACGCGCAGGGCUCCUUGGCCUGCGUCUCUGACAACUGUCUAAAAGAUGCAGAAUACCUCGACCAACUGCUAUCCUGGAAGGAUGCCCCACCGUGCGACAACUUCUACAUGUUCGUGUGCCACGGAUGGAAGAGUCAGUACCCCGACGCGCCUCUUUCGCCUUUUGUCUCUUUAGAUGACGACCACGCCGCAAGUCUGGAAGAAAAUGUGUACGCUAUGUUGGAGAACAAGUCGGAAAACUCAAAAAGCCUUGCAUGGCUCAGAGAUCUCAUGGAUAAGUGCAUGGACGAGAGGCAAAUCGAAGGCGACGGUUGGGACUCAUUGCUAGAAUUAAUGUCCGAUGCGUCGGUUGGACCGUUUCCCAUCACGCCGCCCGUUCGAAGUAGCCUGUCCAUCUGGAAGUCUGCAGGCCGUCUUCUGCGGGCAACAGGAACCUCCGCUUUGCUCGGUAUGGGUGUCGCCGUCGCUCCUUCAGGCACGCCAAAGAGUAUUCUAGCAAUUUAUCCUCCAGAAGCUUCUAGAUAUCGUAUCUUAGGUACCGACAUAGUUGUGAAGCUUUACACAAGCGCUAUAUUCUCCGCGGUCAAGGCCCUGAAGAAACGAUUCGUUCCAGUUGAGAACUUGUUAGACAUUGCGAGAUUUGUCGCUGACUUUGAGAAAGAAAUCGGUCACAGAGCAGUAGGUGCGGGAUUUCGCAUCUCCACUGCAAACUCCUCAUCGCCCAUCGCCCAGUUUCUGUCCGGUGUCUUUUACGAUCAUUGGCCUGAAUACUUCGACAAACGGACCUCGGAUGUAUUGAUAUCAUCGCCGAAUCUUGUAAGGCGGAUCAUCCAGCUUGUAGAAAGCGCCGAGAGACACACGGUGAUAAACUUCAUCUCGCUGCAAAUGAUGAUACAGGUAUCGCCGUUCAUUCCCCACACAGAGUUGGCGCAGUUCGGCACUUUCAUCACCGGCAGGUCUAUGAUGCCGUCACCCCGCUGGAGGAUUUGUCUUCGGGCUGUGGAAAAAGCACUAGCUCCCCUCAUGUACGCGUCGUAUUUCACGUACCGGAACCUGCACGCGUCAGCGUCAAAAUUUGCCCAUUUCGUUGGCGAAGCGGCACAGGAAUUUCUGCGCGGCGUGGAGAAUUCGUCGUACUUCACCAUGUUUUCCAAGGCAGCUUUCCGGGAUGUCUUGACGAACACGCAGUUCAGAGUGCUCGGACCACCGUGGAUUAGUGACGGCACCGUCAUGGAAGCCUACGUGCAAACCCUACCGACCAUCCGUCCAGCGCACACAGCUCUGCAGUCGUACACGGGUGUUCAUGAAGCCACUUUUCUCUACUCCCUGUCCCGAGGCUACUCGCAGCAGUGGACGCGGUCUAUGUUCACCGCCGACUGCUGGCACGGGCUGAACCCUCGAACUUUGUACGUUCCGCUGCUGACAUUCAACGUGACUCUCUGGUCCCACCCUAGCACCCAGUUUCUUCAGGUCUCCAGGGCAGGAUUUCGUGUGCAAAAGUGCAUUCUGGAGAUGCUUCUGGGAGAUGCCGCGUUCACAAACGACCAACAGUUUUGGUGGCUGGACGAAGCGACUAGGCACAAGCUCGAGAGUGUCGAAUCUUGUCUACAGAGAAGCGUGCGGCGAAGCAAUGUGCAGAAUCUUCUGGCCAUUCUCAAGCGCAGCCUCUCAGUUCUUCUCGCGUACGAACACUUUCACAAAAGCGUGAAGGGGUCCGGAAAGACGCUGAAGCUCUACCUGCCAAACGGCGAAGUGCUGACCGAAACGCAACUCUUCUUUAUCGUUUUGGUGAUGCAGUCCUGUGGAAAACGACCCCCUGCAGACGGUCCUUCUAGCUUGGAACUUGAGUGGAACGCCGCGCUUGCAAACUACCCCGGAAUGUCAGCGGCUUUUCGCUGCGCCCGCGGUUCCCCUAUGAACCCGAUGAGGCAGUGUGGAACAUAA